AUGCUGUCUCUUUUCAGCUCUAAUGAACUGUUGGAAGAUAUUUCAACCAGUGAUAUCCAGUACAUGACACUGGAAUACCAUCUAGCCGAGCUUAUGCAGCGAGUUGCUACCUCAGACCGCGAAGCGGCUCUCAAGCGUGCACUCGAACAAUAUGAGAAAUACCUGAUGCGCUUGGAUGAGUACCUGCUGCUCUCUGGCGGAGAUAAGAAGCUCUUUGAGCAAUACAUGGCCAAUCCGACGUCUUUUACCCUGGCGCCAGCCAACGACGCUGCUGCCAGACGAGAAAUUAAAGUGACACGGUUUCGAGAGGAAAAAGAGCUCAAGCAGAAACUGGAGUACUUCGCACGCAACGAAGCUCGACUGCAAAGUGAUGAUGAUGACACCCGAUCUCUCUAUCUAGCAGAGAUCCAGCUUUACACCCACCAGACCUUCCAGGCCUUAGAUCUCCUGACCCAGGAAUUGUCGAUACUUUCAGCUAUGCGAAACGCACCCCCCUGUCCCCCUCCGACAGACGAUCCCAGACAGCGAAGCAAUAUUGGAGGUUUAAAUUACUCAGAGAACAAAGGAAAGCCAAUGCAGCCGUUUACUUUGUUGGGUCGGCGCGCAGAAAUGCAACAAGGAGUCUUUCGUCCGGGUCAUAACCUUCCGACUAUGACAAUUGAAGAAUAUCUCGAUGAAGAGCACAGACGAGGAAAUGUUAUUGAAGGAGGAGGUGAAAAGUCCGGCAUCAAACCGCUAGUCGACGAAGAUGAUCACGAGAUUGCCGACCAGGAGACGAUGAAGGCGCGAUAUUGGGACGAGUACACGGAAGCUAAUCCGAAGGGUGCUGGAAACACGCUGAAUCGGGGAUGA